CGCUGCUGUGAUUGUGAAGUGGGGAGGAUUCCAAAUUUCCAGAGCCAGCACAUUUGAGAGCAGGGAGACCGGAGAAAUUGGGGAAGAGGGGACACACGGUAGUCAAAUCGGAGAAGAAGAUGGGAAAGCAGUUGGGACCGACCGGGGAAUUCUUCCGGCGAAGGGAUGAAUGGAGGAAGCAUCCCAUGAUGAUCAAGCAGUUCCGCCACGCGACUCCUGGGCUCGGCAUCGCGCUUGUCGCCUUCGGCAUUUAUCUCGUCGGCGAGCAAAUCUACGAUAGGGUUGGCACGCCUUCCUCGCACCACGGGUCGUCCUCUCAUUGAUCGGGGUUCUCGAUGCUUGUAUCUCUGAGGUUGGCUUUUCCUCUUUCUCCAGUCCAGGGAUUGUUUUGAAUUUUCGUGGCCACAUUGGUUUCCAAUUGGAUUUACUUGGGGGUAGGGAUUUUGCCUUCUUUUCAGUUUUGUCGAGUUGUUGCUUCGAUUGCGUUCAGCGAUCCAGGAUAGUUAUAGUUUCCUGUUCGAAUUGAAUCUUACUAGGAAUUGGGUGUUCUUGAAGCUGCUAUCUUGUGUGAUUACGUUUCUGGUACCCAAAUGCUGGAUGAAUCCUGUUGCAACUUAGGUGCUGCUGUCUGCAGUUCUAGCGCCUUUCUUUUCAUUGGUAUUGCACGAUACGAAUGUUAUUUUCCUAGGCUCAGAUAUCUUUUGAGAGGGUUCCAAGAACUUGUCAUGUUAUGAACUUUGUAAUAAGAGUUGCCCAAAUGUUCCUUGCUGGUAACAAGUUGGCAUAAAAACUUCGGACCAACCUAAGCAAAGAAAGGUGAUCCCUUGACCCUUGCUGGACUGGGACUGAUUAAUCGGCUUACAAUCUUAAAAAGAGAACUAUAAAGACAGAUUGUUCUGUCUUACUAAGUACUAAGCUAAGGAACCGAGCCCCAAAUGUUGGUUAUGGCGAAUUAUGUUAGUACAAUAGUCCCCAUCUUGGUCCUCGCUUCAUCACGUUCCCGUCUUGUUCAUUUGGGAGCUGGUGGCAUUCUGCUCUCACCGGUCACCCCUUCUUUCGUCAAGGGCUUCGGUAGUUGUGUUAUGAGCUUUUGUGGAUAGUUGAGCUCCGCCCUCAAGUGAGUUGUUAGAGUUCGCUGGGAGUACUUCACCUUUUCCUCGAACUAUAGCGAAGUAAAGAAGUUCAUAGCAGGAUGUAUGUUAUUGCUUUAUGGUUGAGUAGGAGCCUAUCUGUUUGGAUUUUGGAAAGUUGUUUGUUCGCAAGAAUGCAUGUCCGUCUAUGUUACUUAGCAUAAACUUGAAAGGGAGCUCCUGUAUCUAUGGUGAUUCAUUGGUUUGAUCCGUGUAUUGGUUUGUGGCAGAUGUUGAAGACGGGCGUGUUGGUAGGAUUCCAAGUCAAUGCCUGGGAUGGCUACGUUUGUGGUUUUGGAAUGUUGCCUGCACUUCGGUGAAAUUAAUAAUUUGUUGUUUUGGGACUGAUCUUUUCCCCCUUCUUUUGUAUCCAAACGUUACAAGUUGUCCAUGCAGAUGUUUGGGCUUGCUGUACUGUUAGGGAUGAAAGCUACAAAAGGAUCAUCUUCCCUUAUGAAUAAGAAUGUAGUUCUCAACUCAACUCAACUCUAUGUUUAUCCUUCAGUUCUCUUUCAAUCGGCCAUAUAACCUUUAAGCAUGUUCUAGCCUCAUGUCUGCUGGACCAGCCAAGUUCAGUUGGUGCAUCUAUUGCAGCAAUCUGUUUGCCUUACUUUCAAGGUGCUUUAGCCUCUGUUUGGCUUCAAGUCUCUGUGCCUUUUGUGGUUACCUUUUAAAUAGAAAUGGAAGGUUAAUAAUUAUGACUCAAGGGUUGUUACCAAAAUCCAUGUUCUGGCUCUUAAACAUUUGAUGGAAGGAACAACUCAGUAAUCAAGAUCGUUUGGUAGUUAACAGUAGCUAAUUGUUAGGAGCACUUCUACUAUGCUAUAUAGUAUUUGUGCUUUAAUGUACAACUUAAAGUUGUAUCAUAACAUUAAAUGUAUAAGUUUAGG